UACAUUGGCAACACAACCAAACCUAAAAACUCCCCAACUCCCCAAGCGCCCUCUACAGUGUUUUCUCCGUGUUUAACACAUUGCACAAUGGCCCCCAGGAAAGGCAAAGUCCAGAAAGAGGAGGUCCAAGUCUCCCUCGGGCCCCAAGUCCGCGAGGGCGAAAUAGUCUUCGGCGUCGCCCACAUCUUCGCCAGCUUCAACGACACCUUCGUCCACGUGACGGACUUGUCGGGGCGCGAGACCAUCUCCCGGGUCACGGGGGGCAUGAAGGUCAAGGCCGACAGAGACGAGGCUUCGCCCUACGCCGCUAUGCUGGCCGCGCAGGACGUCGCUGAGAAGUGCAAGUCGUUGGGGAUCACAGCCCUGCAUAUUAAGUUGCGCGCGACGGGGGGCAACAAGACCAAGACCCCCGGACCGGGGGCCCAGAGCGCCUUGAGGGCCCUGGCCAGGUCUAAUAUGAAAAUCGGGAGGAUUGAGGACGUCACACCCAUUCCCAGCGACUCCACGCGCAGGAAGGGCGGACGCCGUGGACGUAGGUUGUAAUUUACUCAAUUUUGAGGCUUUUUUAUAAAUAAUGUUGACAUCCUAAAUAUAACGUCUAAGCGA